CCAAAAAUAAAAUAAAAAGUAAUUGAAUGAAAUCAACCAAGGCACAGAAAUCAGCUACUCUUCCAAGAGUAGAAGACAAACGAAUCGUCAGAGAUGCCUUAACCUCUUCUAAUAUCUUCAUAGCUGCCGUUGCUCGUCUAUAUAUAGCUAAUAAUAACACAUGGAAAUACUCGGGGUUAUGGGGUGCCGUAGCUUUUUGUAAAGAUCGAAAUAAGAAUAACGCUCACUAUAUUCGACUGAUUGACAUGGAGGAUGGUAAGGGUGUCAUUUGGGAACAGGAGUUAUAUGAGGGUUUUCAGUACGUUAAGGACUGUGCUUACUUCCAUACUUUUGAGACUGAUGAUUGUCUUGCUGGUAUCCUUUUCGUUCAUGGAGGAGAGGCGGACUUAUUUCAUGAGAAACUGACUAGCAGGGAGGCCAAACACAAGAAGAGCGAUGUUGGACGUGUGAGCUAUAUACCAGGAAAGGGGUUUACCAUUGAUAAUAAUGAUCCAGAGAUACUUGCAAUCCUGAAGGAACUAGAGAAAUUAGAUGAUUUUUCAGCGGCUGACAUUGAUCAAAACCAAGAUUUUAUUCAAAGCUUUAUUCAGCAGUACCGAAAUAGUAAGAAGGAAGCAUCCACUACGAAUACCAAUAGAAGAGCACCACCUCCACCACCACCACCUCCUUCUAGAAGAUCAACUAGAAAUAAUAUGCCUCCCCCACCUAUACCACCUAUGAAGAGCAGAAGUCCAGCUGGCCCACCUCCCCCACCUCUUCCCAAUCGUGGUUUAAGACAAACCCCAUCUAUACCGUCAUUUAAUACUCACCCUUCAGCUCCUCCCCCUCCUCCCAUGAAGAAUAAUUCCCCUCCGGCUCCACCCCCACCACCCAUGAUGAAUGCUCCACCUCCACCACCGCCUCCACCCAUGAUGAAUGCUCCUGCCCCUCCCCCUCCCCCUCCCCCUAAUAGUAACGCUACCGCAUCUCCAAAAUCAUCACCUAUACCCAAACCCCCAGCAGCGCCGGGUGGUGGGCGUAGUGAUCUUAUGGCUGCUAUUCGAUCUACCGGUGGAUUCGGAUCUUUAAAGAAAGGUGGUACACUCAAAUCCACACCCAGCAGUAGUAGCAGAUCCCCAAGUGCCAUGUCUAACAGUAGUAAUACGAACGAAAGUAUGGCCUCUAGUCUUGCUGCUGUGCUUCAACAAAGAAAAACCGCUAUGCAAAGCGACGACGAUGACGAUGAUGACGAUGAUGAUUGGAAGUAAAGAAGUAAAAAUAAAAAAAGUACAUUAUAGAGCUAUA